UCUCUCGCGCAUGCGCAAGAGUACGGCGUUGACAAAUUUCAAACUGGACGGCGGGUAGUUGAAACCUAGACAGAAAAAAAAAAAAAAAAAACACAACAAAAAGGUUCAUAGUCAAGAAUUUCACCAAAAGUUUAAGAAAAUGACCAGCACAUUGAAAGGAAUUACUCUCAAGGGAAGCGCCGAGCUGGUGGCCGAGUUCUUCUCCUUUGGCAUCAACAGCAUCCUGUACCAGCGGGGCAUUUAUCCUCCAGAGACGUUCACCAGAGUCACCAACUAUGACAUGAGCCUUCAACUUACCACUGAUCCCAAACUGAAGAACUACCUGACAAAUGUGGUAUCUCAACUCAAAGAGUGGCUGUUUGAGUGCACAGUGCAGAAGUUUGUGUUGGUGAUCACAUGUCUGGAAACCAACGAGGUGCUGGAGAGAUGGCAGUUUGACAUCGAGUGUGACAAAUCAGCCAAGGAGAGCAGUGCUCCCAGAGAGAAGUCCAUUAAGACCAUCCAGGACGAGAUCCGCUCAGUUAUCAGGCAGAUAACAGCCACAGUUACUUUCCUGCCGCUGCUGGAGACGCCGUGUGCAUUUGACCUCCUUGUCUACACAGACAAAGACCUGAUGGUUCCUGAUAAGUGGGAGGAGUCAGGUCCGCAGAUCAUCGACCAAUCAGAGGAGGUUCGUUUACGCUCGUUCACCACCUCCAUCCACAAGGUGAACAGCAUGGUGGCAUACAAGAGGACCGACUCAGCUUAGAUCUCUAAACUGCAGUGUCCCCCUCCCCCUAUGAGCUGUAUAUAGCACCAACCACUGCCCUUAUAGAGAACAGUAGAUUCUACAGUGUCCUGUCCUACCUCACUGUCACAGAGAACCCAGUGUUUUCCUGCCAUCGUUUUCUGAUCUUCACUUUGUCUCCCUUGUCUUUUUGAGAAGGACAUGACAGCAACCUGCUCUGUAUACACUGAUGUAAAUAUUUCUCGUUAGCUGUUAUCUGUCUGUAAGAAACAACUGUCUCUUUUCUUUGGUGGUGCCUUCCCCUUUCUCCCAGAUGGUCAACUCUGUUUUAAAAGCUAGCGGUUUAUAUGUUAAUCUUUUUUAACACGUCAUGAAUAAACGUCUUUCACAAAGGUU